GGUUCGUUUACAAGACAAGCAGCCAUAGCAGUGAAGGAGUUAACGCACGCCUCAGCGCUCAGUCACGUGACAGGAAGUUGUCCGCCCUUUUCCGCGUCACUCGGGGAGGCGCUUCCUGUCAGAGUAGACCUUCACCAUGUCGCUGCUGAACACCGUGUACCGCGCCGUGUUCCGCCGCACCUCCACCUUCACCCUCAGCAUCGUGCUCGGGGUGGUGCUCUUUGAAAGGGCUUUUGACCAAGGAGCUGACGCUUUAUUCGAACACCUAAACCGAGGGAAAAUGUGGAAGCACAUCAAGCAUCGGUAUGAAACUGAAGAGUAGGAGGAGUUCAAGACAAAAACACCUCCCUGUUUCUGAGAGAACAUAUUUUUCACCAGAGUCUACAACAUGGAUGACAAGAUCACCUGUUGCAGGGAACAAACCUCACCUGCUGUCUGUGACUUUAUGGAUACACUUUAACAAUAAAAUCACAAUGUAGGCCCGCUGCUAUUGAUGGAGAGUCUCGGACACCACCUUCUCUGUGUAUCCUCUCAUUCUCUACAAUGUGUUAUAAUAAACAGUUCUGUGUAUUUACUGCUA